AUGGCUUCCGCCACCCCAACCAAAGAACGCACCCCCGCCUCCGACGCCACAGCCACCAAGACCGCUACUGCCAACAACAGCGGCAUCACCUUCACGGACAAAGAGGAGCGCGUCCUCAAGGUCGCUUGGUCGUGUCUCAAAGGCGGUGCGCCUGAGAUCGAUAUCGCGAAGUUGGUGGAGCUGGGGGGGUUUAAUACUGCUAAGACCGCGGCGAAUACCUGGGGCGUGAUCAAGAAGAAACUGGCUGCUAUCGGUGUAGCCAACGCCACCCCCAAGACCCCCAAAACCCCGAAAGCCAAAGCCACGCCUAAGAAACGUACCAAGAAGUCCGAGGAGGAGGGCGAUGAUGAUGAGGGUGCUGCUGCUGACGAGGCUUCUCCCAAAAGGAAGCGUAAGACGCCUAUUAAGAAGGCCGCGAAGAAGGAGGAUUCGCCUAUGGGUGAGGGUGAGGAGGUUAUGGGUGUCAAGGGGGAGGUUAUGGAGGAGUGA